CGUCGACGUGGAGGCAGGUGAGCCCGCGACCUCUCGAGGUCCGGAUAAAGGUAAAAAAAAUAUAAAUCAGAGUUAUUUGUUUAUCAUUUUGACAAAGAAACAAAAGAUGGCGUAGUUUAUGGAACUUGUAAACAUUGUGGGACCGUCAUAAAAAUGGGAGUCUCCGGCGGUUAUGGCGGUCCGGAAAAACACCUAAGGUCGAGGCAUCUCGUGGAGUACGCCAAAUACACGGCGAAAAAGAAAGGAUGACAAGAAGUGCAAACCCAAAUUUCUCGGUUUGCUAACAGAGGGACUAGAAGCUAUGGGCGGAGUUUUGACGAAUAUUAAAGAAGGAAUUAAAAGAAUUUGGGGGGCUCGUCUUGUUUCGAAAAAAUGGAAGAUUUUCUGUAAGUCUAAAGGUAGAAAAGAAAUAGUUUUUGCAAAAGAUAUCCACAUUAGAUGGAAUAGUACAUACAAAUUGAUUCAUCAGAUUCUAAAAUAUAAAGAGGAACUUGCUGNUUUUAAUAACGCAACUCUUACUUUUUCUCAUGUUUACCAACCAACUACAAAUACAUUUUUAAAAGAGUGCGUUACAAUCGCAACAUGUUUUCGUGAAAGUAAGGCUGAUCCAGAUUUGUACCCAUAUGUCUCUCCUAUGAUACAAAAAUGGUGUUCUUAUUAUUUGUACAUUCCUGAUAUUUAUAAAAUAGGUAUUAUUUGUGAUCCACGCUUUAAAAUUGAAAAUUAUAAAAUUUUAAUUGAUUAUUACUACAAGUGUUUUUUAGAUGAAAAUAGUUAUUACUACUCUUAUUUAGUAGAAUGGAAAAAAGAAAGAGAUAAUGCUGUAACUUUUUUUGAGAAUUUGUUUGAGGAAUAUCAAGGGUUAUACGGCAGUGUACAAGAAGAAACAGCACCACCUCCGCCCCCGAAAUCAAAAAAAGGUUUUGCCGGAAUAGUCGGUGGGCUUCUUGCAAAGAAAGGGAAGCGUGCUCAUUCUUCGACGAGUUCAAGUGGUACAACAGUAAGCUCGCACAACGAACUUUCUAUGUACCAGGGUGUGCCAUGCGAUUACGAUGAAGACGAAGUGGAUUUUGACGUGCUCGGAUGGUGGAAGGGGAACGAACACAUGUUCCCAUGUCUCGGCAUGCUAGCAAGACAAGUGUUAUCCGUUCCGGUAUCAACUGUAGCAGUUAAACGAGAAUUCAGUGCUGGCGGCAACAUUCUAACCGACUUUCGAAGUUGUCUUAGCGCUGAAUCUCUUGAAACACUUGUUUGCAACCAAGAUUGGCUCUUGGCAAGACAUCGAGCUCAAGAGUCAACGUACCAACUCGAAUCGGAGCAUUACAUGAAUGCAACAGAUGGAAGUCCGAGUUCUGAAGAAUAAGUUAUAAUUUUUUUUGUUAAUGUAAAUAUGUAAUUAGUUUUUUUAGCUGAGCGAUAUAUAAGCUCCUUCGAGGGUUUCUUUACGGUUCUUUACCUCGUCGCUUAUUUUGAACCGUCAGGAUAUUAAAUGUGGUUGUUCUUU